GUAGAGAGAAAAAAAGGUGUAUUCAAUCUAUUUAGAUAUGCCACUAGAGUCAAUUGUGGAUCCUACUAUAACGAUAAAACCAUCUAAGAAAUUGAUCCAUUUUAUCUUACACGAUGUAAAAGAUACGGAUGGUGCACCGAACGGCAUUAUAUCCUUGCGCAAAUCAAAAAAAUCUAAGAAGGAAAAGCUCGCAGAUGUCACAUUAAAAAUUGGGGACCUUAGAUGGCUAAAUAAAUAUUUAAAGAAACACAGAAAAACCGCAACAGAAAAAAUCUACUUACACGAGCUUUUCGACGAUUCCAAUGUGAUAUUACCGACGCCGAAAGAGACGCCGCGAAAUCCAGAGUUGGAGGCUAGAGUGCAGAAAUUAACGGCACAACAAAACGCCCGGGAAUAUCGAGCAAUGACGAAAAGCAUCGAUUCCGUACGGAAAUUCUUACCGGAGGACAGCAUCGCGUAUCAAAUGAAACUUAUGAACAAACAACUGAUCGCCGUCGCGCAAUUCAUAUUUUCUGUGAUAGCUGGCUUUGCUUUUGGAUUCAUCGGAGUAGAACUCAUAAUCGGGGACCUGGACUUUGGAUUUAGAUUACUCUUAGGUAUAAUUUGCGCGUUAAUCAUAGCGCUGGCCGAGAUCUAUUUUCUAGCUCUAAAAUUAAGUGAAGAUGGUUUCGACGUUACGUCACCCAAAUUGAAAAAAUUACAUCAAGACUAACAUUCGAGCAGCUCUCGUUUCAUUAUAUUAAAUAUAUGUUUUAUAGCAAAAAAGUUUUAAAAUGCUAAUAAUAUAAAAUACGCAAGCUACUUUCACUAACUUUGUAUUGUAUAAAAGUUAAAAAAAUGUACAUUACUCUUCUAUGAUACAUAAAUUAUACUAAAUCUUUGAAGACCAAAUAAAAUGAAAUAUUGUGACAUCA